AUGGAGUCGGAGGACGAGUUCGAUAUGCAAGACGCGGCGGCGGAAUCGGCGGAGGAUGAUUUCUACAGCGGCGGAGAAGAAGAUGGUUUCGACAGCGACGAUGCGGACGUCGCCGAUUACGAGUUCAUCGAUAACGAUUCGGAUGAUUCCGAUGACCUCAUCUCUCAUCGCCACCAGCAAAACUAUACGAUUUUGAGUGAAGAAGAUAUACGGCUGCGACAAGAUGAUGAUGUCAUGAGGAUAGCUACUGUGCUUUCCAUUUCAAAGGUUGCGGCCAGUAUACUUCUCCGGUACUAUAACUGGAGUGUGAGUAAAGUGCAUGAUGAAUGGUUUGCGGAUGAGGAAAAGGUUCGAAAGGCUGUGGGUUUAUUGGAGGAGCCGGUUGUUCUGUUUCCUGAUGGUAAAGAAAUGACCUGCGGUAUUUGUUUUGAAACUUAUCCUUCUGAUAGAUUGCGUACUGCAGCUUGUGGUCAUCCAUUUUGCAAUUCAUGUUGGGCAGGUUACAUCAGCACAGCCAUUAAUGACGGUCCUGGAUGUUUGAUGUUACGAUGUCCUGAUCCAACUUGUAAUGCUGCUGUUGGUCAAGAUAUGAUUAAUGCAUUGACUUCUGCUGAAGACAAUGAGAAAUAUUUUCGUUAUUUCAUAAGAUCUUAUAUUGAGGACAAUAGAAAGGGUGAAGACUCCCCGUCUAAUCAGACCAAAUGGUGCCCUGCUCCUGGCUGUGAUUAUGCUGUGGAUUUUAUUGUUGGCAGUGGGAGCUAUGAUGUUACCUGCCGCUGCGCAUACAGCUUUUGCUGGAAUUGUGCUGAGGAAGCUCACCGUCCUGUUGAUUGCGGUACUGUGGCCAAGUGGAUACUGAAGAACAGUGCUGAGUCUGAAAAUAUGAACUGGCUUUGCCUUGGUGCAUGGUCAGAUCAUGGAGAGAGAACUGGUGGUUUUUAUGCAUGUAAUCGUUAUGAGACGGCAAAGCAAGAGGGAGUGUAUGAUGAGGCUGAGAAGCGAAGAGAAAUGGCCAAAAACUCUCUGGAGAGAUACACUCAUUAUUAUGAACGAUGGGCAACCAAUCAAUCAGUGUUGGCUAGAAAUUGCAAAGGAGCAAGAUGCUCCCCUCAAUUCUUCGGUUUAAAAACAACUGACAGUGCUGGUUUGCUUAAAGAGUCGGAUUUUGGGUCUGAUUUUGUGAUUGGAGUUAUCGACACUGUUAAUAGGAGCUCACUUUUUCUGCAAUGGAUAUGGGUUGUUGUUGUUGCUGAAGGGAUUGAUACUGGCAUUUUAGCUGCAUUUGAUGUUGCUGUUGCUGAGAGUUUGGAAGGGAUUGAAGAUCUAGUAGCUGCACAAACUCGCUUCAGCCUAUACAGUAUAGUGCAGCUGGAGGAAGUGAUGGUUGACUGUGGCUGUACAUAUUUGGAUAGUGAAGUGAAUGAUAAGACUGACACUCUUAAAGAUGAAUAUGCCCUCAAGGCACUAAGUCGUUUCUCGGCAAAAGGCACUGGCAGACCUACAGCAAAUGCAAAAUGUACACGUAAGCACUAUAUACUCAGCUAUAUAUUGGUCAGCAAUCCUGGCAGAGUUGAUUCUGAGUCAUUUUUACUGAAAAGGCAUAUAAUGUUGAUCAGUGCUUCGUUUUCCUUAGUUGCUUUGGGUGAUAUUAACCAAGAUAUUAUGCUUGAGAAGCUGAGUGACAUACAGUGCCAACCAGAGUCACAGCUGAAGUUCAUAAUAGAGGCCUGGCUACAGAUAGUUGAAUGUAGACGAGUUCUAAAAUGGACUUAUUCCUAUGGAUAUUAUUUACCUGAGCAUGAACAUGCCAAGAGACAGUUCUUUGAGUAUUUGCAAGGUGAGGCUGAGUCUGGAUUGGAGCGGCUUCAUCAAUGUGCAGAGAAGGAGCUCCAAAUUUACCUAAAUGCAGAUGGUCCAUCAAAAGAUUUUAAUGAGUUCCGCACAAAACUUGCUGGGUUGACCAGCGUAACUCGGAACUACUUUGAGAAUCUAGUUCGGGCUUUAGAAAAUGGUCUUUCAGAUGUGGAUUCCCAUGGUGCAUGCAGCAGAACAGCAAGCUCAAAGAGCUUGGGAGGUGGUAGCAGUAGGGGAAGAGCUGGUAGAGGCAAGGGCUCGACAUCUAGGUCAAGUGGCCCUAGUAGAAACAUUGAUGAUCCAGGCCACUGGUCUUGUGAACAUUGCACUUUUGCAAAUAUUAAGUCGGCCACCAUUUGUGCGAUGUGCCAGCAACGUCGGUAA